CCUGUAUUCGAAAGGUUAAACAAUAACAACAUGGUUAAAUUAACUCAACCAUUAUCAUUUUGACUACCGCGACAAAUUUUCUUUGUAGAUAAUGAAAUAUUUUGUUUAUAUGUGGUAUUUAAUAUUUUUUAUUGUUCUAGCAUUUUCAGAAGUGCUAGAAAAGAAAGACAAGAUUCGGAAGCAGGAAUACAUUAUUCAAAUACAGGAGAAAUGGAUAGAUACAGUAACACUAGAGUCACAAAGAUUUGGACUUAAAUAUGUCAGAAAGCUUGUAUCCAAUAUACUCUUGUUCGAAGGGAAUAUGUCGCCCACAGAGGGCAUCACAGUUGAUAUAAAGGCUUUCAAGGGCUUUUUCGUUGACAAGAUUUUAAACAUUGAAAAAAGUGAAAAGGGAAUCGUUAGAUAUCAUACUGGAGGAAACCAAACCAGUGAACCAGCAAAAACAAUGUUCAGCAGAUGGAUACUCCGACGCAAGAGAUCUGCAUAUAAAGGCCAAUGCUGGCCAUACUAUGGAAUGGCUGUUCAAGAAGCCUGGUCACUUGGUUACACUGGACAUGGCGUCAGCGUGGCAGUUGUUGAUAUUGGAGUAGAAGUGGACCAUCCUGACUUAAAAUCUAACAUUGCCAGUGAUCUUUCAUAUAGUUUCGUUGACAAAAACCAUAGCCAUGUUUACCCUCCACGUUUUAGAGACUUCAUCGAAACAUCAGAAGCUACUAGCCAUGGCACAAAGGCUGCCGGACUAAUUGCUGCUGUGUUUGGAAACAACAAAUGUUCUUCUGGAGUAGCAUUUGAGUCAAAAGUAGCAGCUUUAAAAGUGUUCCAUCCUGGCGACAGUCCCGAAUCAUGGAUGUUUCAUGGAUUUGCCUUAUCAACAGAACAUAUUCCAUCAGCUAUUGUUUAUAAAAGGGAUGAAAUAGAUAUAUAUUCAUGCAGUUUCAAUCUAGCUGGUAAAUUUAGAAAGGCUUCACUAUACAUGAAAUCAGCUCUAAAAGAAGGCGUUACAAAGGGUCGAAAAGGUAGAGGAAACAUCUUUGUGUUUUCUGCAGGAAAUAGACAUGGUCAUAUAUAUGAUUGUAACAUAGAAACUCUGGCUAGCAGCAUAUACACUGUCACCAUCUCAAGUGUUGGCAAGAACGGAUCAAGACCCUCAUAUACUAUUCCAUGUGCCUCUACCUUGGCAUCCACUUACGGGGAGUUUAAAACUCUAAACGGACAUGGGAAACUAGAGACUACAACGCACGACAACAAGUGUGAUGAUUUUAGGGGAACAUCUGCUUCAACUGCUUUAGCUUCUGGUAUAAAUGCUUUAACUCUACAGGCAAAUCCUAACAUUACAUGGAGAGAUUUACAACACAUUAUUGUAUUGUCAGCCUCACAUGAAAGACUAGAAAACACCGGACAACUUCAGAAAAAUGCCGCUGGGCUACAGUUUGAUUCUUUCCUUGGAUUUGGAUUAAUGAAUGCUGCAAAAAUGACACUUAUGGCAAGAAAUUGGACAAACGUACCACCACAAAAACAGAAGACAGUCAAAGAAGCGAAAUUGCAGAUACGGUUGCCUCGAGAAAAUGUUAUACGCACUUACCUUCAAGUUGACCAAUGUGCUGUCGAUAAAGACUGUAUAAACAAUUUAGAACAUGUGUUGAUAAGUCUAAGCUAUACAAAACAGCAUGACGACUUACUUGACAUUGUUCUUUGUUCACCACACCGGUCCUGUUCUCAGCUACUUAGUCGCAAAGGAAAUGUGAAUCGUAAAAAAAACUUACGAGGAUGGAGAAUAUGGAAUUUUACGUCAGUUCAUUUUUGGGGUGAAAACCCUGCCGGAAACUGGACAAUUGUUUUCAAUAUAAGCCAUAACAUUAAUCAAAAACAACUAGAGGUGAAGAAUUUAGCAUUUACACUUUUUGGAACUGCCAGUCACCCGUUUAAAUCAUUUUAUAAUGUAACUGAAAAGAGGAUAAAUGAUAAGACUGAUUUUAGUGACAGUAAUAAAAAAAUAGAUGACGAGAAAGAGAUCGUAGAAACUGCGAAUGAAAGCUAUAUAUCUGUUUUUAAUCUUAUCAUAAUUUCCUUAUCUAUAUCUGCUAUUGCUCUGUGCGCUAUUGCAAUUUUCCAUUUUCAAAAAUAGGCGCCAUCAGUUUUAGGUUCAUUAAGAAAUUUGUUGACUUUGAGCUAAUGGGAUUAAUCUUUAAACAACAUGGUAAUGCAAUCAAUGUAGAAUUCAAUGUAGAAUUGUAAUGCAUGAUUUAAUGUAGAUUUAUUUUCAAUGGAGAAUUUCAAUGUAGAAUUCGUUACAAGGAAUUCCAGAAACAAUUAUUUUUCUUAAAGCUGAUAAAGAAUGUUUCUGUUAUUAAACACACGUGUAUAUUACAUACAUGAAGAGAAUUAAAUGUUUUGUAACAGAAUAUAA